AUGGCCACGGAACCGACGACACCGUCCAUCCGGCACCAGGACGAGGACAGCACUGUCCCUGCGACACAACGCCUUUCUCUCGUCCAUGGCCCUGUCGACCCUCCUCUUGUCGACCUCACCCUCGGCGAGCUCCUCGAGCUGCAGACAUACCAGCAUGGAACCCACGAGUGCAUCGUCAUCCCCUGGACGGGAGCCCGCUGGACCUACAGCGACCUCAACCAGCAAAGCUCCUCGCUCGCCCAGGCCCUCCUCGACAUGGGCAUCGGCGUCGGCGAUCGCGUUGGCAUCAUGGCAGGCAACUGCGAGCAAUACGCGGCCGUCUUCUUCGCCGUGGCCAAGAUAGGCGCGGUCCUCGUAAUCCUCAACAACACUUACACGCCCACCGAGGCCAUGUACGGCAUCGAGUUUUCCGACUGCAAGGUGUUUUUCACAACCAAGACGAUUGGGAAGCUCGACAACACAAAGCUGCUGGCUGAGCUCAGGGGCAAUAAGAGCGAGGGGAAAGGGCCUCAGGUGUUCAUACUGCGCGGCGAGUCAAGCGGGUACACGACGUACGAUGAUCUCACCCGGGCAAGUGGUCGCAAGAACCACGACCGGUUGUAUCGGGCAAUGAGGCGGGUUCUGCCUCACCAGGUGGUCAAUCUGCAGUUUACGAGUGGAACGACAGGCAUGCCCAAAGCCGCCAUGCUCACGCAUCACAAUCUGGUCAACAACUCGCGUUUUAUCGGCGACAGGAUGCGCCUCACCUCCGAAGACAUUCUCUGCUGCCCGCCGCCGCUCUUUCACUGUUUCGGCCUCGUUCUUGGCUUGCUAGCCAUUGUCACCCAUGGCGGCAAGAUUGUCUACCCAGCCGAGGUCUUUGACAUCCCCUCCACGCUGCGAGCAAUUUCCGACGAGGGGUGCACAGCGGUGCACGGCGUCCCGGCCAUGUUCGACUCACUCUUCCAGGCCGAGUUCCCAGCUGGCUUCAGCUGCGAAAGGCUGCGAACGGGAAUCAUCGCCGGCGCUCCAGUUCCGCGGUAUCUCAUGGAGCUGCUGGUCAAUCGCUUUGGCAUGUCCGAGUUCACGAGCAGCUACGGCCUGACCGAGGCGUCGCCGACGUGCUUCAACGCCUACACCGACGAUGCCAUGGACACGAGACUCACGACCGUCGGCACUGUCAUGCCGCACGCCCAGGCCAAGAUUGUCGACCGGGACGGCAACAUAGUACCCGUCGGCACGAGAGGCGAGCUUUGCAUGGCGGGCUACCAGCUGCAGGCCGGCUACUGGAACAACUCUGAGAAGACCAACGAGGUCAUGGUUCGAGACGCAGCAGGCGUGCUGUGGCUUCACACAGGCGAUGAGGCAGUCUUUGACGAGAAUGGUUACUGCACCAUCACGGGCCGCUUCAAGGACAUCAUCAUCCGAGGCGGCGAAAACAUCUACCCUCUCGAAAUCGAGGAGCGCCUCAUGGCCCACCCAUCUGUGUCCCGCGCCGUCGUCGUCGGCCUCAAGGACAAGCACUACGGCGAGGUGGUGGGCGCCUUCGUGGAGCGUACGGAGAACAGCGCGCGGCCCAGCGACGCCGAGCUGCGCGACUGGGUGCGCACGCAGCUCGGCAAGCACAAGUCGCCGACGCACGUCUUCUGGCUCGGUGAGGACGGCGUGCCGGGCGACGUCCCCCUCACGGGCAGCGGCAAGGUCCGCAAGUUUGAGAUGGCCAAGCUGGGCGACGAGAUGCUGCACCGGCGGGCUAAGACGGCCAAGUUGUGA